CAUUUCCGGGCGCAGCCUCCCUUCCGCCUGCUGGUGCGGAGCCCUGCCGGCCCGACGCUGCAGGCGAAGCGCGGUGCGCCAAUGAGGAGCCAAUGAGAAAGAGCCGGAGCUGAAUGCCCAGCCAUGGCCGGGCCCUGGAUGGCGGCUCCCUGUUGGAGGGCCCUGCUCCUGCUGCUGGCCUCCCAGGCGGUGGCCCUGGUGAAGUGCUCAGAACCUGAUGACGUUCCCGAAGAGUGGCUCCUCCUGCACGUGGUUCAGGGCCAGAUUGGGGCGGGGAACUACAGCUACCUGAGGCUGAACCACGAGGGGAAGGUGGUCCUGAGGAUGCAGAGCCUGCGAGGGGACGCCGACCUGUACGUGUCCGACAGCACCCUCCACCCCAGCUUCGAUGACUACGCGCUGCAGUCGGCCACCUGCGGCCAGGACGUGGUCUUCAUCCCUGCCCACUUCCAGCGCCCCGUGGGGAUAGGCAUCUACGGACACCCGUCGCACCACGAGAGCGACUUCGAGAUGAGGGUCUAUUUCGACAGGACGGUGGACCAGUACCCCUUCGGCGAGGCUGCCUACCCGGCCGAGGGCGCCGAGGCCGGCCAGAAGCAGGCCUACAGCCCCGAGGAGGCGGCUCCCGAGGAGGAAUCUGUGCUCUGGACCAUUCUCAUCAGCAUUCUGAAACUGGUCCUGGAGAUCCUGUUCUGACUCCCCACCACACUCCAGGGCGGUGCCCGCAGGCUGUGGAGGGGACCUGGCUACUUCAACCUGGCUGAAUUCUGGUUCCUUUCUCUAUAGAGGAGGGGUGGAAAAAUAAGCCAUACCAUUUUGUUACCUCACAUCCCCAAAAUAGGAAAAGCAGGUAGUUUUUCUUUCGAAGCUCCAAAUUUGUAUAAACGGAAAUGCCCAAUUAAACAUUUAAUCUCCAUUAUGAUCAGUUUGUCAGGCCACCUAAAAAUUAUUACAGUAACUAAAGCUUACAUAAAAGAAAUCAAAAUAUGAAGUUCAGCAUGUUUUCAGGAGUUCUUACUAAAAUCAAGUCCAAAACGCAAUGAUUUACUUAAAUUUCCCUGAACAUGGACUAAAGACCCAAGUCUGCCCCAAGUAGGGAUGUAUUAUAGUCUGUGUGUACCAUUCUAAAUCCCCCUCUGUACCAGUCUUAUCAGGCCAUUUGCCAUUUUAUCAUUUGGGGCUUCCUAUCACUAAAGUCCUUUAGUUAUUAGGUAAUUUUUGUUUUACUACUUAUGGCAGGUCAGAAGCACCACCACA